UUUGACUAAUAUAGAACACAGAGAGAGUGAGAGAGAGAUGGAAUUUGCAUCGGCGGCAAGUGAAAAGCAUGAGAUAGUGAUAAUCGGCGGUGGCAUUUGUGGACUUGCCACAGCCCUUGCUCCUCACAGGAAAGGAUUGAAAAGUAUAGUGUUAGAAAGAUCCGAAACACUUCGAGCAUAUGGAGGAGGAAUUGGGCUGUUGCCCAACGCAUGGCGAGCACUUGAUCAACUUGGUGUUGGGUCCCGGCUAAGAAGCAUGGCUGUUCUUCUGCAGGGGGAUAUUGGGGUUGGAAUGCUUCCAAUUACUCAACACUUGAUCCAUUGGUUUGUGGCCCUUCCAACGCACUUAUUAUCAGGUGAUAAGUUCCCACAUGAUCCAAAAUACAUCAAACAGAUGACCUUAGAGUUAAUAAAGGACUUCCCUUCAAACAUACAAGAAAUAAUAGAAUUGUCGGACUUAGAUUCUCUGUCUGCCACGCACUUGAGGUAUCGUGCACCCUGGGACUUGGUCCUUGGGACCAUGCGUAAAGGGACGGUUACUGUUGCGGGGGACGCAAUGCAUGUGAUGGGCCCUUUUGUAGGGCAGGGUGGCGCCUCCGGGCUAGAAGAUGCGGUGGUGCUGGGGAGAUGCCUCAGCAUGGCAAUGAGUGGGAUUGAAGGCAACAGCAAGAAGGAAAAGAUUGCAAAAAUUGAAGCCGGAUUGGAUCAAUAUGUGAAAGAAAGGAGAAUGCGAGUUUUGGGAUUGUCCACUCUCACUUAUCUCAUUGGUAUCAUUGUGGGGAGCACAUCCCCACUAGUAAAGAUGGUUGCUGGCUUUGCCUUGGCUAUUCUGUUUAGGGACAGAGCAGCCCAUAUUCAUUUUGAUUGUGGUCGACUCUAAUAGGUAUAUCUUGCCUCAAAUACUAUAUACUAAAUUAGUAAGUUAAGUUCGUGUGGGCGUAAUGUGUAUAUUUUAAUGGAUGGGUUAGGAGUACUACAUUAUAAUUUUAUAAAAUUAAUACCAUGACAUGUAUUAAGUUUCGAUCAAAUUCUGGGUAGGUGUCUUGUUAAAGGAUUCUACAUCAAUCCUGGGAGGUGGCUUAGUUUCUAUAUUUUGAGUUGAUUAACUAGUUGUGUUAUGUUGUGUUUCAAGCAUGUUUUAUUGGUUAUUAGAUUGUGUAUUGUAGCAUUA